AUGGCCCCGCUAAAGCCCGGCACCAAGCUUCCGCCUCAGAAACAGCGCAGGAAUGAGAGAGAGCGCAGACGCGUUAAUAAGAUGAACGAAAUGUUCGAAAAACUCCGCACCCGCAUCAACCUUGGCGGAAAUCGAAAGCUCUCCAAGGUUGACACAGUCAAACAGGCGACAUGCUACAUUCGAUACCUUGAGAAUGAGCUGAGAAGGGCAGAACGGGUGGAGCAAGAGAUGAGCUCUCCACCACCUCCUCAUCCCUCCCAACUGUCCUACCCACCCCUCUGCCACUAUCCGGUUUCGCCUGCCGAGGCGGAGAAUAUCCCCUCCAGCUCAAUGCCACCGUACCCCACGAUUCCCCAAGCGAUGAGCCCCUACCAGAUGAACGGCGGAAAUUAUCAGCAGUUCUGGCAGCCACAAACACCCUAUGGACUCAAGACAGAGCCCCAUGACAGCAGCCUGUCCCCCGCGAACACGUCCGGCUCGAUGGGCAGCAGCAGCCCGUUCAGCCCACAACAUCAACAAGCGCAUCCGUCAUACCCAAUCAUGCCCCAGCAAUAUCAAUAUCCGGUGGAUACGCCUACCAAGUGG